UUGAUUUGUUUAAGGUCGCGUGGUUUCGGUUGCCUACGAAGGAAUUAAGUUUCUGUGUAAAACAGACCGUCAUGGCGGGAGAGAUGAACGACGAAGUGGAAUUGGACUUUAAAACGGCGACAGGACUUGUUUUAUUUUGUUUUACGCUGAGCUGCCUUUUUUCAACGACUUCAGGCAGCACGCUGUUGAUAAUCCCCAUCAAGGAUGGAGAGGAGAUCAGGCAGUCUGACCCUGGACACUUCUGCUACAGCAACGAGCUGGUACCGGGCUGGAAGGAGACCUGGACCAGAAUCCAGAUCCAAGUGCGUAGCUCUCAGAAGUUUAAGGUGACAGUGGUGGAAGAUGAGGAGAAGUUGAAGGAGCUGGAGCAGUUUAACUUCUGGACCCUGUUUCAAUAUUUCGUCAAAGAAAGAUCCAAUGAGACGACCAUCAGCGUGAACCUCUUCAGCAGCAAGACCUGCUUCAAAGUGGAUCCCUCUGACAAAACCACCAGCUACACCAUCUCGCUCACUCGCAGGUUUGAUCCCUACCUGUUCCUGGUUUUCCUGGCUGGCUUGUUGCUGUUUUUCUUUGCAGACGAACUCAGCAGGAGUCCAGCUUUCUUCUACUCUGCUGGUAUCAGUACAGGAAUGAUUGCAUCACUUAUCAUCCUGGUUUUCAUUGUAGCCAGGUUCCUCCCCAAGAAAAGUCCCUUCUUUGUGCUGCUGGUGGGAGGCUGGUCCUUCUCUCUGUAUCUCAUCCAGCUGGUGUUCAGGAAUCUGCAGCACCUCAUCAAGCAGCACUGGCAGUACGUCACAGGCUACGUGAUGCUGGUGGGCUUCCUGAGCUUUGCUGUGUGCUACAGGCACGGCCCCCUGGUGGAGGAGCGCAGUAUUAACCUGCUGUCCUGGGUGCUGCAGUUGCUUGGUCUCCUGCUGCUCUACGCAGGGAUCCAGGUCCAGCAGGUGGCAGUGGCGCUCAUCAUCGCUGCAGUGUGCGCCAAGAACCUGGAGUACCCUGUCCGACUGGGCCUUGCAGUGCACGGGAAGCUGCAGCGCUGGACAGCCAAGCCCGAGCCCCCUCGAUUUCUAACUGAAGAGGAGUAUCGGAAGCAGGGAGAGGUGGAGACACAGCGUGCCCUGGAGGAACUCCGAGAGUACUGCAGCAGCCCUGACUUCAGUGCCUGGAGAACUAUCUCUAGGAUUGGGUCGCCCAGAAGGUUUGCUGAGUUCGUGGAGGGUGGAUCUCACCUGAUCCCCAGCGAGGUGUCGGUUCACGAGCAGGAGUACGGACUGGGGGGAUCCUUCUUCGAGGAGGAGUUCUUUGAAAACGAGGAGGAAGAAGAGAUGUUAACCUUGCACAGAAAUCACAACUCGGUGUGAAAAACACCAAGACUAAACUCCGCCUGGGACAAAAUAACCUUAAUCCAUACUGCUGGCCCACAAGAGGGGGAUGUAUCACUCUCCAGGGUAAACUGAACUCCUGUUGCCUUCGGAUUCUGUGCCGAGAGCUACAUUGACAGUCUGAGUUAAGGUGGAGAUGCUGAUUUACACUACUUAACCUCCUGGCCUGUGGUGGUGGUUGACAUUUGUCCUUUUGAAUUAUUUUAAAAGGUAAAAGAGAACACUGCUCUGAGUUUUUCUGCUUCAACAGGGAGUGGUACAAAUUGUUGACAAGCAGUCUUUGAACAGUUAAUACUGAAGAUAACUGAAACAAGAGCUUUUGUAUUGAAAGGAUAAAGUAAUUGUUGCUAAGAGAACUGGUUCCAUACAUGUUCUCCACCAUGCACACCCAUUUCCAAUAUACAUCUCCUGAUGAGCACUUCUGCAAGAAACACAUUGUAGCAAACAUGUAUCUUCAUUUAAAAACAUACCUGGUACAACACUUGGUUGAAGAGAUCUCAUUUGCAAGUUUCAAUUGGCCAAAAUAUCCAACAGUUCAGCCUAGUUUUCUCAAUAGAAUUGUGUUUCUUCUCUUGGUGAAAAUAUUAACUUGGCGUAUCUGGGGGCAAGACUCCACUGAAGGAAAGUCUAGUUCUGUUCCCCACACCAUUUUGAGAAAGCCGUUCAAGUUUUUCUGUAAGUGCUUGGAGACCAGUGCACUGUAAUUCUGCCUAAUGUUCAUUGUAGAAUUUCAAAUGAACGUUUUGCCUUAAGUUUUGUAUGGCCACCGACAACCAUUUUAUAUUAAACACAAUGUAAACAUGCCUAAACAGCUACCUUCCUUACUUCAGACGUUUCCAAAUGCAUGCAGAAGCUUUACAGCCCAAUACUGUUUCAUAAAUUGUCUUGAAGACCAAUGCUUCACAUUUCUGUGUAGCUAAGGGGAUAGAUAGCAACUUUAAAAAUCCAGUAUAGUCCUCUGUUUUGAUUUCUACAAGCAGUAUUUUAAAAAGGAAGAUAGGUGAUUAAGUCCAUUUAGAGGUUUCGUCCAGUGAUUACCUUCUGGUCCAGCUCUUAUUUCUUGUUUGUACUUUUUCUCCCCAUUGUUUUUAGUAUGAUCACAAUUGCAUUUUAAAUUUGUAUCGCUUUCCAUGUUGAGAUGAAAGCAGUGAUAAUCAAGGCUUUGUCUUGGCAAUUGUUUGUCACAAUGUUCUGUUUUAUGCUUAAAUUGGAGACAUGUCAUUUCUUACAGCCCCAUAUGGUAGAUUUAAAAUCUUAGAAAUACUGGGGGG